AGCAUUUUCCGAUGUUGUGCUGCAGCCGUUCAAAUUAUACGUAUUCACUGUUGUCUAGAAAUAUUUUCAUAAUGACCUUUCGCAUAUUUUACAGACUUAUUGUCGUGUUGUGAACAUAGCUUUGUAAAUACUGUAUCCUAUAGCCUAUAUUCGAUAGACCUUUCGAGGACCAAUAUAACGUUGUCUUUUCGUAUCAACUUGUACAGUAGUAGGUGAAGGUAAAGAGAUUAAUUGUACAUAGAGAACCUAGACUUUACAAUGGAUCCCGACAGUUCCAGUGACAGUAACAGGGACACACCCAAGGACCUGGGUGAGGUCAUUACCCGUCCUGACACUCCGGGACCCAUGCCUACCUACCAUUACCCUAGGGACACACUUAUCGAGCUUCAGUUCUGUCCUUUAUCUAAGAAGAGGCCAUCUUGUCUGUCAGAUGAAUUUAACACCCUUGAUGGAUUGUGGGACCCUGACAGGUGGUCAAGAUCAUUUGACACAUCACGCAACAACUCCCCACUAACUGUGGGCGAUCGUGACAAAAAACGCAUGGAGAUACAGAUCGAGAGAGACUACUUGAUGAGGAGGAGACCAUCCGCAGAUCCUAAAGAACGACUGAAAGAGGAAAAAGAUGGAAUAGUUUUGAGUCCACAACGAAGAAGCUUUGGUACUGGCUGUCAUGUUUCACAGCCAACUUUGACUCGUCAGAUGAGUUGCCCAUCUGAUUUCAAGGAUGGAAAUGACAGAGAUAGAGGACCAAGGAGAAUUGGAAGUGGACGCAUCCAGCUAGACCGUGAUCGGGGAGAGGUGACGCGGGAACGGGUAGGAGGGGAGAGAGACUUUCGUGCUAUCCGGGAUAGGUUUGACCGCGAUGAUCGAGACCGGGACCGGCGUUAUGAUCGUGAGUGGGACAGAGAUGGACGUGACAGUCGUGACAGUCGUGAUCCCAGGGACCGUGGUUUCAGGAGGGAGUUUGAGGACAGAGAUAAUCGGAGGGACUUUGGAAAUCGACAUUACAAUUCAAGAGAUUCUGGGCGACGGAGAGACUAUCGUCAUGAGGAUGAGCCUGAAUGGUUUACAGAAGGUCCUAGUAGUCAGUUGGAUACCAUUGAGCUCCGGGGCUUUGAGCGUGAGAAGGAAAAGGAGACUCCUCACAGGAUAAAGGAGAUCGCAGAAGAGGGAGAUGCUGAUGUGAGUGCCACAGAAGGACACAAAACUGGUGUGGCUGAUGUGACGGACAGAAAUGGGAGCCUUGAGACAAAUGAACCCAGCUCACCUGAAGAGUCGAACCACUCUGACAGCAUGCAAACCACCAGUCCUCAUGGCAACAUCUUUGACUUCAAUGAGUUCUUUAAGAUUGACAACCUACCUGGUUUGAAUCAAGAAGGUCCAAUUCCCAGUGCUGACAUUCCUGUAGUACAGAGUCGAUUCAGUCAGUGGUUCGGACCUAAACCUGGUGGCAGUCAUAACAGUAGCAGGCACAACAGUCGACACAACAGCCAUCACAACAGCAGGCACAACAGUAGACGCUCCUCCUUGAAUGAUGAUUUCGGUUACAUAGUUAACGAUCUUCUUGGUGGAACACGAAGUCCUAAUGUUUCCUCCCCUCCGCCUGACCAGCCCAUCCUAUUUGACCAGUCGGUGUUUUCACCAGCCAACAGCACUUUCGCAGACAAACCUCAACAUCACAGCAUCGACUUCACAGGACUACCGAACAAAGAUGCCAUUGCUCCUAUACUGAGCAAUAUAUUCCAGAAUAGCAUUGAGAAACAUCAUAUGGGAAGCACUAGCAGCAACUUUAGCACCCAAGAUGCAGAGAUCCAGCUAAAGGCCUUGCUGUUUGGGAAGAAAGACUCUACUCCAAGUAGUGGUACAGCUAGUCCAGGCAUGGGUUCCCCUCUCAAUCUACCUGGACGAGCAAAGACUGUGGCAGAGUUGGAGGCUGACAUGAACCAGCGGUCCAGUCGGUUACCAGCACGCUGCUUCACACCACCUCAGCAGCCAGUCCCACCCCCAGAUAUUGGCAUGGUGCAGAAUUUCCAGCGGCAGCAACCACCACCACCACCACAGCAGCAUGUACCGCUGCAGUUUCAGCAAACACCUGAACAACACAAUCAACAGCAAUACCAGUCACCUCCACAGCAUAAUCAGCAGAUGCCGCCACACCACCAGCUUUCCCAGCAACAGCAGAUGUCGCCACACCACCAGCUUUCCCAGCAACAGCAGAUGUCGCCACAGGAGAUGCAACAUCAGAUACACCAACACAUGCAACAACAGAUGUCACAUCAGAUGCAGUCUCAGCCAAUGAUGCCUCAGCAGAUGCAGCCUCCGAUGAUGACGCCCCAGCAGAUACAGGCCCACCUGGCACAGCAACAGCAACAGCAACAGCAACACCCACAGCAACACCCACCCAUGCCACAGGUGUCCAUCCAUCAGAGUCCCCACUCCACGCCUCGUGGAAGUCAGGACGAGGGGGAUCUCACUGCAUUCAACAAGCUGCUGAGUCUGAUGAAGGCAGGAGCUGCAGCUGCUGUGGAAUCGCCACCAAAGAUGGCGGUUGGGAGACCAGGAUCACAAACAGUAUCCCCACCCCCACACCUAGUGCAGCAGGCUCCUGCCCCUAUGCCACACCCUUCCAUGCCCCCAUUGACCAACUCUCAGGCUGCUGCUGCAGCUGCUCAGAAUGAGUUUUUCCAGGCAUUGCAGAGGAACAAGGAACAGCAGCUCCAGAUCAGACACCAGACCAUGAACCAGAUGAGGAUACAGAAACCCCUGAUCCCCCAACAGCUUCAGACUCCUCCCGCUCAGAUGUCUCAACCACAGGGUAACCAGAACAACAACGCACAGCCAGUCAAUGACCCCAUAAUCAACUUCAUUAAGCAGAACCCCACCAUCAUCACCAAGCCUGCUUCACCGACUCCCCCUCCCCAGGGCACCCCCCAACCACCCCAGAGUGUAUCCUCCAUGAUGGGAAUGAUGCAGACCACAUCCACCCCACGUGCUCCCUCUCCAUCGGCUGGUCUGAUGGGACAGAACCUGCUGUCGCAGCCUCCCUCAUCACCACGCAUUGCUUCACCCAUAACAUCAUUGUUUGGCCAGCAGCCACCCAUGCAUCUCAGUGCACCAUCUCCCAUCAACCCCUCACAAAUGGGCCAGUCAACAUCCAUCACUGUUCCUGCAGGCUCAACUCUCACAUCGACUGCAACAAUCCGACCACCUGUGGUACCACGUGUGCCAAGUCCACAGGAGUUGAUUGCACACACUCAGGCAAUCAUGCAGACUGCACUUUUAAAGAAACAACUGGAAGAUCAGCGAGAACGCUUUAUUAGAAAGCAACAAGACAGUGUAUCUUACAGGGCAAAAUCCCCCAACCCCAUGGUAUCGAUGAAGUCCGCAGGGCCUAAUAUUCCCCAGACACCCAUCAUGUCCAUGGCCACAUCACAGGCCUGCCAGACUCCCAAGCCAUCAGUGAGUGCAGCCUUCACGCCGACGUCGGUGAUGAAGAAAAUGCAUUCUGAUAAAGCUUCUGAGAAAGAGAAACAACGACAAGAUAGUGUAGAAGGUGAAAAUGAAAACCUUGGCCCAGUAAAGCAGCUUAUUCCGCAGGACACUAGCCAUAGUGCUGUAGACAACUUAGAAUUUAUUCAGAAAAUGAACAUUGAGCAGCAACAAGCCAAAGAGAACUUGCCAGCCACCAUAAUGACAAGUAUGACAACCCACGGUCAUUCCUCAUCAAUGCCCACACAUCAGUAUUCGAACCAGGACCUAGGCAUCCCUGGUAUUAACUCGAUAGCAGCGUCACUGGCCAGUCAACACGAUUCUGUAACCUUGGCCGAACAACUGAGCCAGCUGUCAACGCCCAUAUCUGUUCAACAGAAACAGCAGCAGGUGCGGGCCCUGAUUGGCCAAGGAGGGUUCCAGGGUUCUCCAGGGCAGCCUGUCUCAGUCCCAGUAGCCACCCCAGGCCGACCAAUAGUUAAAGGCAUUACCACCACCAUUUCUAGUGCUGUCAACAGUGCAAUGACUCCUCCAGUGGGGAGACCCAUGAUCGGGGUUCCUCGGAUGUCCACUCCCCAGCUUCAGAGCAAAUCUGUUGAGGGCACUCCCAUAUCACUGCAGACCCCCUCACAACCCCACCUGCACCGGGCCAUCACAGGAGUGGCCAACCCCACUUCUGUCCCACAAGUACAGACCCCAGUAGUCUCCCAGCAGAAACAGUUCAGUGUGUCUCCCAACCCCCUUACAAGGCCCAUCCCUCCUAUGGGAGCUCAGUAUGGCAUUCCAAUCACGGGUCGGAUACCAGUACAGCAGGCCAUGUCGCCCAACCCUCUCCUCAUGCAGCAGAUGAUACAGAGUGGGAUCUCACCCACAGCAGCAGCAAGAGUAAAUGCAUUGAAUCAGCUGAACCAGAUAAAUCACAUGAAUCACUUGGCCAUGCAGCAGCAGCAGCAACCAAGGAUCAUGGACCCACGCCUUCAGGGGAUGAGGGGCGUCUAUCCUACAGUUGCAAACCUCACUCCUCGCAGCUCCGUCAUUCCCACAAGUCUUGGGGUGCCAGUUCGCACACCCAUGGGGGUCAAUGUUGCGAUUGGACGAACUGUAUCGCCACACCCUCCAACACAAAAACUUAUAAAUGGACCUGUUUCACCAGGGAUCCCCAUCCACACAUCAAUACCAACCAGUCUACUCAAUGGAAACAACAACAUCAACAAGCAAGACCCCAACCUGGCUAAGUGGUUUGGCACAGAUGUUCUCAAACAACAGAUGACGUCACUGCCCCCCUUACCCGGCACAGGCCAGAGAAUGAUGACCUUGGAGGAAAUAGAGCGGUGUCAGCAACAAGCAGUCAUCAACUGAACACCUGAGGACACUUGUGUAAAUGUGGACAGAAUUGACAGAUCAAGAUCGACGAAAACACCAACUUCCUGUUCUGCAAUUGUUCCUGUAGAACCUGAUACGUUUUAGUGUCGUUUAUAUGUGGUUUGUAUGGAAAGUGAUUAUGUGUGGAUAAUUUUGUUGUAGUUUUAUCACACUGUCAAUUACUGUACAGGAUGAUUUUUUUUGCCAACAGUGCAGAAAUGUGUUUGACAAAUAUUUUGAUCUCAUCCCUCCUAUAAACUUUAUUUGAUAUGUAAGCCUGGUGUUAACAUAUAGCAGAGGAGAAUUUUUGUCCUACCUAUCUCUUGGUUUCAAUUAAAGUUAACUUUCGAGAAAAACAUUUAUAAUUUCUUUCACAAUCAUAAGAGGUAAUUUAAUGUCUGAAUAUCAUUUCCAGUAAUUGACCUAAAAUGACCACCUUUCUUUCAUGUUAUGACAGUGAUGCAGAUUUGUUCAAGAAUAAAAAAUAUACAUUAAGAUUUAAGAAAAUAGAUCAAGAGCUCUUUUGAAAAUCAUAAAUAAAAUUGUGUAUAUUAUUUGAAAUAUAAGACUUGUAUCUUUAACUGUUUCUAUCACCACACUUAUUCCAUUCAUUAAGUUUAAUAGAAAAAAAAUAACAUGCAUAUCUUAUCACGAACCCUGUUUAAAAAUUGGCUUUGUAAAAAGCUGUUACCAUUUGUAACUUGUUUUUCAUGUACACAUCCCAUGUGUGAUGCCAUUAUAAAUUCAUUUAGUGAUAUAGCGAUAUCCAAAUGUGCCAAGAUUUUGACUGCUAUUUAUGUAAGGGAAGGCAGUCGUACAGAUUGUGUAUAUAUAGAUGUGGAGGUUGGUGUAGUGCUUGGUAUGGGUAGAUCCCUGGACGACUGUUGUGUUUGUCGGUAGAAUAUCACUCGCUGUUUACUUCUGGGUUAUAUUGUAAGGAAGUUUUAGUGUUAUUGUAGUUGGGAAGUGGCUAAAUGAUUUUUUUUUUUUUUAAGAAUUAGUCUGUCGUAUAAAACAUGGCCUAGAAAGUAAAAUGUGUUGAUACAACACUCUACCCUCCAGUGUUAGAUUUAAACAUUUCUAGUGUCAGCAAGUUAAACGUUUUUGACAGGCCUUCAAGUUCUGCUUCAGUAUUACGCAAACCUAAAGCACUUGCCAUUAAGGCUUUAACAUAGCAUUCAAAUGCAAUACAACUUGGUGGUACAGGAAGCAGGUUGGGUUUCUGACAUAAGUAUUGAUACAUUUCUAUUGCUGGUUUAGACUUGGAAAUAAGGUCGAUCAUUCUCUUGUGCCAUAGGUAAAAUGACAAUUAUAAUUAGAUUGAAAAGGAAUACUGUAAAACUAGUAUUAAAUGUUAUACAGUAACUAAAAAUAAACGGAAAAUCUUGGGUUUGCAACCAACACGUAGCUGUGGCCAGUUAUUUGCUUAUUCAAAGAUGACUCACUCACCUGUUUCAUUUUCACAAAUAUAGACCAGAAAAGCAACUGUUUCCGGUAAUGUCUAUUUCAGAACUUGAAAAAAAUGUAUUACAAUGCAAGUGUUCUGUCGGCAGUGAAACAGUUGAUACAAUAUACAGGAUCAUUACAUACCGCUGGGUUGACUAACAGCUGGUGGUGAUGAUAUCAUAGCAGGGUCGUAUGUAUAUAUGUGUACAUAAGCUUUUCUCUAUUUGCAUUGAUGUCAGUUUCAUGUAUAAUUUUCAUUAUGACUAUGACAAGUGAAUACGUAUUUAAAUUUGAACGUUGAUAGACAACAAAGGAACCCGAUAAACAUAUUAAUCCACUGUGUAUGUUUUGUUCUAUUUUGUUUUCCUUUUGAAUGUGUAUAGUUAUAUUUGUGUGUGUAAUUAUAUAAAUAUGUGAAAGUCUUAGCCGUGUCAAAACGAUAUAUGAAAAAAAUUGUUGCUCAGUGUUUUUUUUAUAUUAACAUUUUCCCCCUUUUCUAUAUUUUAUUUAUUUUUUCUUUAAUGUUUGUAAAUAAGUUAAUAGAAACACCUUCCUUGUUCCCGUGUUGUACCUACUGUGUAAACAUACAUUGGACAUAAGAAUUCACCUUAAAAAUGUCUUGAAACUAACACUUUUAUCGAAAUAUAUGGGUAUUUUCAUUAAUUCAUAUUUUUAUCUCAACUUGGAAAAGAGUUUUCUUGACCAAGCAUACACAUUGAAAUUAAUAGUCAAUAAACCUGCCUAUGUACAGCCACAAGGAAACAGCCCAGUAUUGCUAUUUCGUCUAGAAUGUAGUGCUCUUCAGUAUAGUCUUUAUACCUAGUCAGUCAUUUAACCGUCACUUGUUUGUUCCCUAGACACCGCCACUUCACCUGUAUCACAACUUAGAUUUGCCUUUGAAAUUGUACAUGCUUAAUGUUGAUAUUUGUUUGUGGUUAUAAGCAGCAUAACAAAUUAUAUAUAUAUAUGAUUAUGAAAAACAUAUAAUUUACUUGAAUGAAUGAUAGUGCUGUUUUGAUUGUUAAUAUUUGAUAUUUUUUCUCAUUUGUUUGUUGAUGGGUUUUUUGUACAGUAAUAUGCACAGCUCUGGGUCCAACCUAGAUUUAUUGGUGUCAUUUUUUCUGGCACUUCAUCACUUCUCCAUUGUCUUAUUGUCGUCGUCGUAGUCGUAUUAAAAUGGUGCAAUGAAAAAUUGUUUUGAUAUGUCCAUAUAUAAUAUAGUUUUAUUUUUCAUAGAUAGACUUGAAUAUAGUUGGCCCACAUAUGCAGUAGUAAUGGUUUAUGCACUUGAAGUGUGGAUGUGUACUGACCACAUUCAACAGGAAUUGCAUACAAGGAUACACUUUAAGCUUAGUAGGAAAUCUUGAGGACCCUGUCGAAGAUCAGCUAAACAGGUUUUUUCUCAUCAAUAAAUAAAGUUUAUUAUUAUUAAAUCCUUUUGAGAAAGUCAUAUAUUAUAGGACAAUGUGUAGCAGGAAAUUCUUGUCUCUGAUGAAUAAAAGGAAAACAAAUGCUAGUCAUUGUUAAGGUUUAUUUUGUACUGCGAGAUGUUUUACAUUAGGUAAAAAGAAACAUGGUUUGGGUUUGCCUCUAUACUCUGAUGAUUUAUUAGUCGGAUAUUCCUGUCUCUGAUGGAUAGAAAGGAAAAAAAGUUGUCUUAUCGUUAUUUUAUUGGAAUGUUAGAUGAUGUUUAGCAUUCAGAAAAAAACAAUUUUUGGCUUUGAUGUUUAGCAUUCAGAAAGAAAAAAAUCAGUUUAGGCGUUUAUGCUUUGUGGAUUUAUCAUUUUCUUAUUUUUAUGAAUCAUGUCAAAGAAAUGAGACAACUUUCUCCACAAUUCUAUGCUACUCAAACAUGUUUUGUUGGGAUUUUAUUUUGUAGGAAGAACUGGGAAGAGUAGAUACAAUAUAGGCGUUGUGGUGGUUAGUACAUGUCCACACCUUAUAAUUCUGUUGUCAUGUCAUUGCUGUGCCAUGCGGCUGCCUCAUCACUUCACUGUUAAUGUACAACACUUUUUCCUCACACACCAGUAGUACUGGCCUCACCCAGUCACAUUAAUCAUGUUUUUGUUGGAGAAAUCAAGUUCAAAUGUUUAAUGUAAUAACUUAAUAUGCAUUCUUACAUGUCAUUCUGAUAUUAGGGCUAAAUAUAAGUAAUGUGUAAGUCUGUGUCAUCUUGUCCUUGAUUGUUAAAAUUGUUUCCAUCUUGUAUUCUUUCUCCACAAAGGUAGUUUUGUUGUUGUUGUUGUUGAACCUUCACUACGUAACCAUGGCACCAAGCCUUCCCUUCACCGAUCUCCCUCCUUCCAGACCUCGCACCUCAGAUUAGUAUUAUCCUGAGGGUAUGUUCCCAUGUACAGUACUAUUUUGUGUAUAUAUCACGAUAAUCACAACCCGUGUGGCUGUGAAAGCGAGGCUUGAAGUGCUGUAAUCAUAUUUUUUGUCUUGUUCUGAUUAGUAAAUAUAUUUGAUGGUUAUUUUUGUAAAAAGUUGUAACAAGAAUAAGAAAUGUUUGACAGAAUACUGAUAUAUAUACGUGUACAGGUUAUGUGAUAAAUUUUUCUCCGUUUCUACUUCUGCACAUUUUUUCUUCAACAUUGUAGUGCAGAUUUACAUAUACAUGCAUGUAUAAAAUGUUCAUGUUCUCUGUGUCUUCAUUUAUUGUAUGAAAUUGUCAAUAAUAUGAUUUUUAUGUUACUCCAACUGGGCCAACGAUCACAUAGCUAUCAUAUAGUAUAGUCACAACUGAAAUUCUCCACUUAUCACUCAUUAAUGGUUGGACAAACACAUUUUUGUCUGAUGAUGAUAUCACAUAAAUUAUGAAUUUUGUUUGUGAUGUUAGUCGAAAACCAGAAAAUGAUUGAUGACUGGUCAUCUUUAACAGCUGUAGUUAAUUUGGUUCCAGGUUAUGGCAACAUUAAGCUAAAAGAGAACCAUUCAGGGUAUUUGUUAAUGUUACUGUGUUAAGCCGUAAGCUCCAAAUAAAUGCAAUGUACAUUAUGUGAUUGGCCAGUGCUGUGGCUCUUUGAUCCUUGGCCCAGUUAGAUGUUGUUCUAUUUUGUGAAGUGCCGACGUGGAACAAGUUCAAUAAAAUAUGAGAGAUGUAGUGUAGUGUCCGACAGCUAGGGUGUCAGGUCGUCAGUCAGGGUUCCAACGAGUUGUCUAAGAUUUUGUGCGGUGGAAGAAUAUUUCUGUGGGGUUUGUGAGGAUGCGUGUUAUAUUUUCAGUUUUUUGUCUGAGUUUUGGUGCAUCAGUACAAGUUGUUGAUUGUUGAGUGUAGAAGUAUUGCUACAUGUGGUGUGACUGCUGUGAGAGUGCUUAGGUGUGACUGUGUCUAAAUGCCAGAGAUGUGUACAUAUUAUCUAAAUGUGUGGUGGUGUGGCUACGAGAUAUACUGGUGAUACAGAUUUUAUAGAGGCGUAUGAGACUAGUUAGGUUUAACAUUACGUGUUGUGAAGACGGUCAAGUCUAUAUAUAUAAAAAGUUUAUCUUUUACCUUAUAAAUAUCUUGGCUACAUUCAUGGGGUAAUAUUCGGUUAUUUUGUGAAAAUUCAUGUGAAACCUUUCUUACCUUUGACACAUAUUGUUCUUUUUUUAUUUUAAAAAGUUGUCAGACUUUUGCAGUAUUUUUGUUGUCCCCCCUCCCCUUCCCUUCCCCACAACAAAAGUCUCGUAAAGUAAAUGUAUUUCUUUUUUAGCCCCAAACUGCUGGACCUGUUUCACAAAGCAGCUGUACCUUCGCUAAUGACAUAUCUUUGUGUUUCAACUCGUCUGUUGUCGGACCAAUCGGAGUAGUCUGGUCACAGGCUACUAUUAUAUUGGGUUACGUUGAAAUGCAAUAACGCUAACAUCAUGUCAAGUUAAAUUUGAAAAUAAAAUUUAGUGGAAGUAUAUGUAAUAGGCAGUCUUAUGUUCUAAACAGUGGAGCAUAUAGAAUGAUACCUGAUGUAGAAGUGUCAUAUGGGUAACACUUGUAGGGGAAAUUCUUGUGUGAAGCUGAGAGAGGUUGGGUUUGAAUUGCCUCAUUGAUUGGAUGUUAAUAAUUAGAAUUUGAGGUUUAUCCUGAUAUAGAAGUAUUUAGCAAGAAAGGUUAUACGUUGCAGAAUCAGGUGGGGGAGUUUUAUCUCAUCUUAAAAAAGAUUAAAAACAAAAAAUCAAAAUUUUAUGGUGGAUUGUUUCCAGAAAGUAAGAAAAUUAGAUCAGAUUUAGCAAUUAUUAGCAGUUGCCUGGACUUGAGUUUCGUCGGAGAGAAAAAUAAACAGUAUUCCAAAUCUUUUGAAAAAUCUGUAUUGUUGAACAUGCAAGUAUGUGUAAUUGUGAUGUGUUUGAAAGGCCACCUGUGAGAGGUGGACAGUGUUGGGCGUGAGUCAAUCAUGUGCUGGUGCACUAGUGCUAGCGGCUGAGGAGAGCAGCUGUGGGAUUAUAGAGAUUAUUAUUACACGUUAUUUUGAGUUUCACUGUUGUAAGGAGUAAGAAUUGAUGGCAAAAAAAGUCAGUCUUUAUCCUUUUAGACUUUCCUACUACAGUGCAACCUACCGUAAUAUCAAUGGUUUCCUUAUCAAAGCUAGAGUUGAUUUUGUCAAACUUGUCACUCAGUGCUUUAUAAGAAGUCUAAAAAUAAAUUGUGAAAAAAAUGAAA